ACGCUCAGGUAGUGUAGCAUGAAAAUGAGCAGGAUAAUGGCUGGGAUCAAAUGUGUCAUGCUUUUGAUCGUCCUGAUUUUCCAGUGGACUCAUGCAAGAGGAGAUACUGAGGUGUCCUGCAUUUUCAUGGAAAGCUGCAUGUUACUGUGCAGCUAUAGUGGCAGUGAUAUAAUCAUCCACUGGACUCAGGUAUCAGCAGGAGACCUUAAUGUCCACUCAUUCUACAAUAACCAAGACCAGCUCAAACUCCAGAGUGAGCGCUUCAGAGGCAGGACAUCACUGUUCAACAACCAGAUCUCCACAGGAAACGCCUCACUGCAGCUGACAAAGGUGGAGGUUCAGGAUGAAGGCAGAUACAAGUGCUACACCAGCACUGACAGAGGAAACCAAGAAUCAUUUAUUAACCUAAAGAUAAAGGGUUCAGGUAAUUCAGGAGCUAUUUUAGGAGGGGUGAUUGCAGCCAUUGUGAUUACAGGAGUAGUAGCAGCAGUAGGCUUCAUGCUGUAUAAACGCAAAAAAGGCCCCAAUCCCUCAGAGCAGCAAGAACCACAAAGUACAGACAGUGAUUCUGCAUAUUAACACUGAACUUGUGCCGAUGGCAAAGGGAAGGUCUACCAUGAAUGGUGAAACACCUGACACCACCCUAGCAGACCCCAGCAGCUCUGCUUCAGCACUGAACUCUCUUAAUGUGUUGACUCUCUGUUUAGUAAAGCACAAACAUUCAUAAGUGAAAAACCCGCUAAAGACAACCUUCAAAUGAGUUUCUUGGAGCCAUAGUAACUCAUACGUGCACUGAGGAGCAAGAACACUGAGACAUUAAUUUCCUUCUUUGUUUUUUUCAUUUUGUUUUCGUCAUAUCCUAAUGCUUGAUUUUAUCAAAGAAAAGUUUUUAUUUUACAAUCAUAACCUAAAUAUUUUGAUAUGCCUCCCUGCUUCAGCUUGGACCCUUGAGCUUCGGGUGUGCAACAGAACAAAUCUAAGGAGAAGAAAUGAGCCUGGCUCACAGAGGCGGCUUUGAUUUGUCUGUGAAAACUGUUGAUAAGUUCAGCUUAGCUAUUAACUCAGGGGUCAGCAACCCGUGGCUCUGGAGCCAUGUGCAGACCUUUCACCUUUACAUUGCAGCUCCCUAUGGCUUUGGGAAAUAAGUAAUAAUUUAAGUGUGCUGUAGACAUUUGUUGUUGUUGUUGUUUUUGUUUUUGUAGCUCAAAAUAUGCGUUACAAAUGCCGGUGCCAAGGUAGGUAUCCCCAACAGAAUUUGUUCCCCCUGCAUUAGGAGCGCACUCUGGGAUGUCCAAAUCUCAGACAAACACUAGCCCUUAUUUUGUUUGUUUUUUUAGUGCAUAAACACUUCUUAUAAUAACUUAUUGGCCCUGAAAUGUUGGUGUUACCUCUUUAUAUAGUAAAGUUAAUGAGGAACUUGCCUACAAAUACAAUACAUCCUAAGUUUGUUGAAAUAAUCCCGUCCGAUAACACGUGAGGAACAACAAAUGUAUAAUUUUCUCUUGUAACAACAGCAUGCCACAAUUUUAGUUUUCUGCAUGUAUACUUUAAGUUCAGCUCUUUAUUUGAUUUGAAAUAGACCUUCAACCUAGCGGCUUUUUAUGUUUUGUUUUGUUUGUUUGUUUUUUUACAACGUUCUAAAUGUUUAAAAUGUGUUUUUGCUCAAGCAAGACUUUAGCCUAUUUUUUAUACAUAGUAUAAAACUAAAAAACAAUAUAUACAGUGUUAUCUUCAUUUUAUUUGUCAAAAAACUUGCGGCUUUCUCUGUUGUAGAAACCAGGUCCAUAUGGCUCUUCGAGUGUUAAAGGUUGCUGCCCCCCUGUAUAAACUGGUAGCUAAUAAAUAUGUCUUCUACUGUGAAACGAAAAAAUACUAAUAAGCAUUUACACGA